UUGAGUGAUUACAUCUUUAGUUAUUAUUAAACGGUUGUUGUGUUGGUGGUGAAUAAAAAUAUCAAGUUCUUAUUUUAGUUUCUCUUGGAACCGCCUGUUGGGUCUUCCUGGCAAUAGCACGUUUCGAUGCAGCGUAAACGGAUAUAUGUAAAUCAGUAACGGCGCAAUAAAUUCCAAAGCAAUCACAUACCAGAAUUUCUACUACGCGAAAAUAUCUGAAAUCUAAAAUAUAUUAUCAUUUGUGAUAAGAAAAAUAUGAAAAGUUGUGUUGUGAUGUUUGAAAACGUGGAACUUUUAUAGUUUUUCGUAGUGUUUGCUACCAAGAGGAAAUGAUUGUGACUAUGCAACUGCAACGUCUGCGAUAUACAAUUUGGAUGAAUGCGUAGUAUCUUAUCGUUUCAUUAAAAUGAUUGAAAAUGGUUCAGUUGAUUCAAAUGAGAGUUAUAGUUGCAGUGAGCGUAAUCACGUUAAGUCUGCGGAAAGCAGAAGGCGCAAGUUCGAGGAAAAUCUGCACAUUAGAGGAAAUGCGGGAAUUGGCAGCCAAUGCCUGUGAUCAUAUGUUUAUGCGAGAAAAACGCCAAGUAUCUAAUAGUCUUCUAAAUUCAUGGGAUACUCCAAAAGUUGUGAAUAACUUGCGACAUCCAAGCAAGGGAGUGAAAGUAAGACGCCGAGACUUUCCCGAAGGAGGGUACCUCAUUAUCGACCACAAAUAUGCCAAAAUCUUAAGUCAACGAAUCGAAAAACCAAAAUAUCACGUGAUAGACUGGCAUUCCAAAAAAUUCGUGGGCAUGAACUACCGAAGCAAACGCGCGAAUAGUGCAACAAUUGGAAUCACUUAUUGCUGCACGCAUAAGUGCUCGCCUCUAGACAUAUGUUUAGCUAGCAGAAAGUAAUAUUAUUAUCUUAAAUUAAGUUUUAUAAUAUUUAUGUGAUCGUUAAAAAAAACUACAAAGUAGUUGAAAGGGAAAUAAGACAAUAUUUAUUCAAAUAUUUAAAUUAGGUUCGUCAGUAUUAUGGUGCGCUGCAGUUUCUUAGUUUUACAGCUAAUUUGUGCAUUACUGCACUUUACUAUGCAUGCCAUGCAUUUACGUAUGGUGUAAAGUGUAAGGAAAUCAAAUUUGUGAUUUGAUAUACUUAAUUUUAUUGAAUUAGUUUUAGGAGGAAUAUUUGUGAAUGUAAUUUUAAAUUGAGCAUUAAA